GGUCAUUUCUAGGUUGACUAGGGAAUGCUUCAUCAUUUGAAGCCUUCGGCUAACCGAAAAGAAAGUUCGAGAGAGAGAUGUAGAUGUAGUUGAGUGAAACAGGAUACAGAGGAUCAGCAAGGUGUUAUUGUUUCAACUGGAAACUGAGCAACAGAUAGAGGAGUCUUAUUUCACAUCAGGUGGAUAGUUUUACAGGGGCGCCCCCGUUUGGAUGUUUUCACCUGGAAAGGCUGCAGCAAAAUACAACAACAGAUACAACAACUACAACAUCAAGCACUUGCAGGAUGCAGGGAAUUGUCUUGGUUCCCAAGCCGGAGAACGCCAUCACCAUCGCUGUUUCAGCACGAGUCCUCUUCAACAUGGAGAAGGAGCAGCAGAUUUACGAACAGCAAGGCAUGGAGGAUUACAUCAAGUAUCAGGUGGAGCAUGAGACUGAGCCUUUCAACCCUGGACCUGCCUUCUCCUUUGUCAAGGCUCUGGAGGCUGUGAACACUCAGCUGCGGGAGCUUUACCCUGACAGCGAGGAGCUCUUUGAUGUCGUGCUCAUGACCAACAACCAUGCAUAUGUCGGCCUAAGACUCAUCAAUACCAUCAACCAUCACAAGUUGUUCAUCGAGCGCUUCUGUAUGACUGGAGGAAACAGUCCCAUAGGCUACUUGAAGGCCUACCACACCAACCUUUACCUGUCUGCUGACCCAGUCAAGGUUCGAGAAGCUUUGGAGGAAGGUAUUGCAGCAGCCACCAUGUUCACCCCAGAGAAGAUGAAGGAAGUGUCGGAGACUCAGCUGCGUGUUGCUUUUGACGGUGACGCCGUCCUCUUCUCUGAUGAGUCUGAGCGCAUUUACAAGGCUCACGGACUGGACAAGUUCUUUGAGCAUGAGAAGGCCCACGAGAACAAGCCCCUAGACCAUGGGCCAUUGAAGGGCUUCCUGGAAGCUUUAGGAAAGCUGCAAAAGAAGUUUUAUGCCAAAGGCCAGCGCAUGGACUGCCCCAUCCGGACCUACCUGGUGACGGCUCGCAGUGCAGCCAGUUCUGGUACCAGAGCCCUAAAAACUCUGCGCUCAUGGGGUCUGGAGAUCGAUGAGGCUCUCUUUUUGGCAGGGGCACCCAAGGGCCCCAUGCUGGAGAAGAUCAGACCACAUAUUUUCUUUGAUGACCAGAUGUUUCAUGUGGAGGGGGCAGCAGAAAUGGGGACGGUGGCAUGCCACGUGCCCUAUGGGAUAGCUCAGAGAGUUACCAAGAAAGCAAUAACGGUCAAAGAGACUUCUUCAGCAACCAAGUAGCCUGGACAUCAUGGUGCAAAGGGACAGAAGAUUGAAGGGACACAAAGUUUUGGCUUUCAGCAGCUCAGCAUGUUAUAACUACUGGAAAAGUGUUUAAAACUAUGAUAACGUCCUGAAACAGGGAGUGCAAUAUGACCAGUAUAUUAUCAUUAUAUAAAUCAAAUCAUUUCUUUCAUUCACAGUUUAUGACAUUUCAAUCCAGUCAGAAGUUUAUUUCAUCUACUGGUUUUAACAGUCAUAGUUCAUAAAGUGGUACUAAAUUCUAAAGAUGAAUCCUACAUAACCAAUAGUAAGUAAUAGCUUUGGUAAAUGUUAAUAAAUCAUAAGUUAUUUACUGAAGCUUUACAGAAUUAUGAAGGAUAAAGGAUAAGCCCCUGCCAAAGGAAUUAUUCACUAAAUUAUUUAUUGACCAUUGAUAAAUUAGUUACAACUUAACUUACAAAUCCUUUAUGAAGAUUGCAAAAUUUCUAUUUGCAGUAGGAAUUUACCUCAGAUUCCUGUAUUAUUUUCUGUUGAUAGAUUUUUUACUAUUUUUACCCACAUUUACACACACAUCACAUAAUCAAAAGAUAAAAGAUGUUGAAUUUAAGUAAUUUAAUUUUAAUCAUACAGAGCCAAACAUAAAUUAAAAUACAAAAACAAAUUCUCAACUAAACUAUUUAUUUAGAUAUCAGGUUACUGAGGAAACAUCAAGUGACUAAAGCAUAUUUUUGAUAAAGAGGGGGUCUGAAUGCAGUCUGGAUGUGCUAACUUGUGCUACACAGCUGCACUGAAGACAUGCAAUCAGUCACUUUAUGCAGAAUCCGCUUGUCUGUGUUUAAAAGUUUUUAAAACCGGUGCCUUUUAUCUCGCUGUUGUUUAAGAGAUUUUUUUUUUUUUUUUUUUUU